AUGGGUGACCUUGCUGUCCCGGAGAGCCUCCCUAUCAAAGGAGAUUAUACGAAAUACUUGAAAUAUCUUUCGGUCAUCAAAGAAGGAGGCGAAGUGGUUACCUCCGCCAUCAACAACCGAAAAGCAUACCAUGAAGGCAAUGCCGCAAAGGCUAAUACUCGGCUGCUUGGCGACCUCCGCGGUGAGCUUCCCGAGUUCGCUCGGGAAGCGCACGAACUCCUCCAAACCACGACUUCACUGGCUAAGACGGCUGAGAAAUGCACAGAAGCAACGGCAGCCACGCAUCAGAGGCUGGCCGGUGCUGUCAUCGACGCUUCGAAGGUCAUAGAACACAACGCGACUAUCAUCGCAGACCACGUCGGCCAAGCGUCGCAUUCCAUGAGAUUGACCAAUGCCGCCGUUGUGGACGCCGCUGUCAGCAUCAAGGACGACGUCCAGGCGGUGGCUCAGACAGUCGGUGAUGUGCGCAUCUUGGCAGGCUCGACACUCAGCAUACUUGGCCAGGGCCUUGAGCGAAUCAUCCACCAAUUGCAGGCAAUCAACGAUAACUUGAAGGGAAUCAAAGACCAGCUCGCUGCGCAAAACACCCUUGCCGCAGCCGGCGGGUCCGGUCCUGACGGCUUCGCCCGGGUAGCGUACGGCUACGUCCGAUCGCACCUCCGGAAGUACCCCGAGGAGGGGCAUAUGUUUUUUCUCUAUCACCCCAGCAAUACUUGGCAUUGGCGAUUCGAAGAGCUGGUAGAGGCCGAUCCUUUGCCACCAUCUUUCGGUGCUAUAUCGCAUAACCUGGACCAUCUCUGCCUGUGUAUGCAAGCCGUGCGGGAGCAACUGGGGCACGAGGAUAAACAGACUGUCUUUCACCUUCUCAUCCCAACUUGGUAUCCUAUUACGCUCGACAUGCCUCUUCAUUUUCCAGACGAGGUUCUCCCCCUGCACAUUCUUGGGUUUCGAGAGGGAGGCAAGGCGUUGGUUAGUUUCAACCUCCCUGCGAAACAGGAGACAUUGGUCCUCGAGGACGUUGACAAUGAUCUUGAUCCCCACAGCCAGAACCUAAGGGCAGGGAUUGCCGCUUCAACGGCUGUGGUCGGGGAAUGCUCGAUGAUAACCGGAGCUUGUGUUACCGUAGGACUUAGUUUAGGGGCGGCGACGGGCUUGGGUACUCUGCUAGUCCUUCCCGUAUUGUUUGGAUGUAUAACCACGGUUGGACCCCCCGUUUUCGAGACCACUGCUGGUCUCGUGAAGGACCUACUCAAUGAGGAGCGACCACGCAUUCUCGGAACAGAUCAGAGGCUAGAUGAAGAGUGA